UCCAUGCACCCAACUAAAAAUCCGUUCUUUCCUUCUUCUCCCCCUCUCUAUGCAAUUUCACCACAAAAUCACAAACACCAAACCUAGUUCGUUUCUCAAACACAUCAUCGUUCAUAUUCAUCCAUCAUCAUUCAUCACACAAUCCAUGCAAAAUGCACAACAACGACCACAUACCCGUUCACCACGUCCAGGGUCCGAACCCGAAGCCCGUUAAACUGAACCGGCACCACACGAUGCGGUACUAUGCCCACCGUGUCCACGAAAGCCUCACAACCCGCGUCUCCAAGAUGAUCUGUGCCACCUUCUUGGGCCUUCUUUUCAUUGUGGGCCUCAUCACCUUCAUCCUCUGGCUCAGCCUCCGGCCCCAUAGGCCCAGGUUCCACAUCCACGAGUUCAACAUACCGGGCCUGACCCAAGAUUCCGGGUUCGAAAACGCCGUCAUAACGUUCAAAGUAUCCGCGCGAAACUCCAACCAGAACAUCGGGGUUUACUAUGAGUCCAUGGACGGCGCCGUUUAUUACCGCGACACGAAAAUUGGGUACACGCCGUUACUUUACCCGUUUUAUCAGCAGCCCAAGAACACGACGGAAGUGGACGGCGAUCUUAGUGGGGCGACGUUGACUGUUAGUAGUCAGCGCUGGUCGGAGUUCCAGAGCGAUAGGGCUGACGGUAGCGUGGUGUUCCGCUUGGAAUUGACGUCUGUGAUCAGAUUCAAGAUAUCCACGUGGGACAGCAAGCGCCACACGAUGCACGCCAACUGUAAUGUGGGCGUGGGACCCGAUGGUUCCCUCUUGACCGUUUAUAAGGACAAGAGGUGCCCCGUUUAUUUCUCUUGAGGCUAAGGAUGCAUGAUAUGAUUAUUUUCACUAAUUUGUUCUGUAAUUAAUUCAUUAACUUCGUCUCUUUUA